CAGCUCAUUAUUUCAUUGAAAACUAUUUGAAAAGUCAGCUAUUUCGAUACAUAAUAUCGAGGUGUUUUUGUAGUGAAAAGCUUAUUGUUUAGUUAGAAUGCUCCUAGUGAACGGUGUUCCGUAUGGAUAGCCAGGGUCGCUUUGACGUCCGCCAGGUUUUCCAAGACUGCAACCCAAGCAAAUUUGUGAUUUAUGCUUGCCUACUCUUGCAGUCCAUUGUUCUCUCGAUACGCCUGGACAACACCAUCACCGCAAGCUACUGGCUUGUCCUUAUUCCGCUAUGGGUCUGGAAAGCCAUUGCAUUCACUGGCGCCGCCGUAGGCUAUGCAGUGUUCCGGCGGCAUCCCGAGAGCCGGUAUGAUGAGGACGCAAGGAAGGACAUACUUGCUAUGUUCAUUUCAACCGGACUUCACGUAUUGAUUCUACUCUUUGAGAUCAUGAUGUGUCUGCGCCUGGAGGGCCUGGAUAUUGCAUGGCGGCUCGUAUUCAUCCCACUGUUCCUACUGUGCGUCUCGUCUCUGCUCUCCUGUAUCUUCUCUUUUCGCGCCAAGCGUAACUUUGAGGUGGAGAUUCUCUUCCUGGUGAACACGCUGCUGCUAAUUUUUAUUGCUUUGCGUCUGGACAAUGUUAUCGUGUGGCAAUGGAAUACGGUCUUCAUUCCUUUUUGGCUAUUUUUGGUGGUUUACUUCCUUAUUGCCAUCUACCACCUCGUCUGCUCCGUUUCCGUGCUGAAGAGAGUUACGGUGGUCGAGCCUGAUGCAUAUUGUUCAACGUCAGUACAUGGAUUUGUCUCGAUGCUGGUCUUUAUCCCUCUGCUGACUUUCUCGGUACUGCUGGUGCGGAAGUUGGAUGGUGAAAUCGGACCAUCCUUUGCUGCACUGUUUGUGCCACUACACAUUGCGCUGCUGGCGUUGUGCAUCUCUGCGUUGUACAAGCGAGGCAGCAACCAGUGGUGGUUUGGCCUCCGUAUGGACUGCUACAGCUUUGUGCUGGCACACUCAUCAGCGCUACAGGAGUAUGGCAACAUCACGUACCGCAAGUCUGCACCAAACGAGUUCCCGGACCGUGAAGUAGUGGUGCUGGCCAGCGGUUCUCAUGCUGCACUGCCUAGCGAUGCACCGGCAGCUGCAACAACCAAGAAAGAUCCAUGUAGACAGACAAGUGACAUUGAAAUGUUGGAUAUACGUUUACCGGAUUGAGGAUUGGACUGUGCUGAGUAAUUGUACAGCAGCAGCAGCUGGUUGUAUGUACCGACUGCUCUGUUGACAAUUACGGGUCACCUUGAGCAAACCUGUUUUCUUUCUAUUGCUACAGUGUAGUGGUAUGUGCAAGUCUUAUCAAAUGCAUUCUGUAAAUAUCUCCAUUCUUGUGUAGGCCAGUAACUGUCCCCGGACAUCUGCAUGGUAGUGAUGUUGUAUAAUACGAGUGUGUGUGUGUGCACGUGUGUGUGUGUGCAUGUGUGCACGUGUGUGUGUGUGCGCGCGCGUGUGUGUGUGUCCGUGUCCUCCUUGCACAUACAGUUUGUCUUUCUCCUUGUAAAUACUUAUAUAUAUUUAUAUAGUGUCGUUUUCGACUUGCUGUAAUGCUAGCCUGUAGUUGUUAGGACCAGCAGCAGUGCCGUGUUGUCCUGCUUUCUUGUCCUGUUCUGGUUUCUUACAUGCCGUUCAACUAGUCUCCAUCGCUGCUAUAUCUUAUUAUUAUCAACAUACUACCCAGUCCUGUUCUACCGAUAGUUUUGUAUCCAAGUCUUAUUUUAUUGUAGUGUUUCUAGUCCGUUUGCUGAUCUCCCACAUUCGCAUUCAUAUUAUAUUUUGUAGGCAAUCUACUUGUGGAGUGGCGAGGCUAAUCCCAGCUCUGCAAUUGUUAUAACCUGUCCAAGUACUCCAGCACUCUAUGUAUGGUCGUUGUCUGAGUAAGACCACUAUA